AUGGACAACAACAAUCGUUUCCACUUAAACCUGAACCCUAAUAAUGGUGCUCGUCCAGAAUUCAACGAUCGGGCAUAUCCAACGACCCCCUCGACUUUUCCCAAUCCCAUUUUCCCAACUCAGGCACAAGGGGUAUCACAAGGACAAACCCAAAACACGCAGCAGCCAUACUCGACGGGGUUUGCUCCUCAGGGCUAUUUCAUGAACAAUCCGUAUCCCCCAACCUACCCCCAGCAGCCCCCAGGAACAUCCUAUGGGCAAGCACCUCAAGCACCCUCUGCGACAUACCAAAGCAGAACCCCUCAGUACCAGGCGAACGACGCAACCAACGGGUUAGUACAUCAGUUCUCACACCAAAACCUCGGCGGCCGCGUCUCGCCUUACGGCACACGCCAAACUGCAUCGCCAGGAGGGCAGCGGCCACGAACCGCGGGAGCUCCUAGUCAACCAGGAGCACAUCAUAACAAUUAUCUUGCGCCGAUGCCCUCACAGUCUCAACAACAGACCUGGCCCGAGUUUCAACCAUGUCCGUCCGAGAGGAAUCCAGAUAAAUACGGGAAGACGGCAGAAACGAAUCAGACCAAAUGCUCUCAGUUAGCGGAGACUUUUUUCAAGGACAGUGUGAAGCGUGCCCGAGAUAGGAAUGUUAGGCAAAGCGAGAUGGAACAGCGAAUGGCAGAUCCAAACCAGUCACAGUCGAGAAGAGAACAGACUUGGUGCAAUGCUGGGAAGCAAGAGGGGAAAUAUCUUCGAUUCCUGCGAACCAGAGAUAAGCCAGAUAACUACCAAACUCUCAAGAUCAUUGGAAAAGGUGCCUUUGGUGAGGUCAAACUCGUGCAGAAAAAGCAGGAUGGUAAGGUAUAUGCUAUGAAAUCACUCAUUAAGAGUGAAAUGUUCAAGAAGGAUCAACUGGCCCACGUCCGUGCAGAACGGGAUAUUCUUGCCGAAUCCGACAGUCCUUGGGUAGUAAAGCUGUAUACCACAUUCCAGGACUCCGACUUCCUUUACAUGUUGAUGGAGUUCUUGCCAGGAGGCGAUCUUAUGACGAUGCUGAUCAAGUAUGAGAUCUUCUCUGAAGACAUAACCCGAUUUUAUAUCGCCGAGAUCGUGUUAGCGAUCGAAGCAGUUCACAAAUACGGAUACAUCCAUCGCGAUAUCAAACCUGACAAUAUCCUACUCGAUCGUGGAGGACACGUCAAACUUACAGAUUUCGGGCUCUCUACUGGGUUCCAUAAAUUACACGAUAACUCCUACUAUCAGAACCUUCUCCAGGGCAAGUCAAAUCGACCCCGUGACCGGAAUUCCGUCAAUCUUGACCAAAUCAACCUCACGGUGAGUAACAGAGGUGCCAUCAACGAUUGGCGCAAGUCACGUCGUGUCAUGGCAUAUUCGACGGUCGGAACUCCCGAUUACAUUGCCCCGGAGAUCUUUACUGGCCAUGGUUAUGGGUCUGACUGUGAUUGGUGGAGUUUGGGUACGAUCAUGUUUGAGUGCCAAGUUGGGUGGCCUCCUUUCUGUGCUGAGGAUGCACAUGACACUUAUCGAAAAAUUGUCAACUGGCGUCAGUCGCUGUACUUUCCAGAAGAUGUUCAGUUGGGUCCGGAAGCUGAGAAUCUUAUUCGGAGUCUGGUUUGCAAUACAGAGAAUCGUUUGGGUCGCGGAGGUGCUGAGGAAAUCAAAAACCAUAAAUUUUUCCGUGGGGUCGAAUUUGACACGUUGCGCCGUAUCCGUGCUCCUUUCGAACCGAAAUUGAACUCUAAUGUCGAUACUACGUAUUUCCCGACGGAUGAAAUUGAUCAAACCGACAACGCUACACAUCUGAAGGCGGCUGCCACGGCCGCUGGUAACCAACCACGCUCGGAAGCCCCUGAAAUGAGCCUGCCUUUCAUUGGGUAUACUUUUAAGCGUUUCGAAACCAACUACAGAUGA